AUGCAGUUGCUAACUUUUUUGAACGAAAACUCGGAAUAUGUUUACACACUGUUUAACAAACUACCAGAUUUUGUUUUCCAGCGUAUAUUAAAUGAUAUAUCAAUUGAUAAAGUUGCUCUAUUCAUAUUAUCAAACAGUGAAUCGCUAAGAAAAAAAGCGUAUGGUGUAUUAUUCGAUACAGUUGAAGUGAUUGACCAAGAUAUAAAACCUGAAUACUUAUCAGUCAAGAAAAUUUUGAAACCGUUGACGUUAAAACCGCACUUAAUUUUACAAAUUAAAGAUGUUUCGUUAUUCAAAAAUCAAUUAGGUCAUUUUACAAAAUGUUUUGUUGCAAACCUUAGAAUUUUAUCCAGUGCACUAGAUGGAAACAAAUACAUGCUUCCCACAAUGUUUUAUUCUUUAAAGCAAUUGUUUGUGUUAGCAUUUUUUGAAACAACAAUUACAAAAAAAUUUUCACUUUCUGAGUUUGAUAUCACAAAUACUUUGAAUGCUUUUGAUCGAAUUAAACCAAUAAAUUCCAACUCUUCAAAAAAUCUAUUGAAGAAAAGAAAUAUUCCAACCCCAUUUGAUAGCUCUAUAUUAUCAAAUGUGAAAUGUUUAAAUAUUCUUGAUCUAUUUCAUAAUCAACUAGGAAUGCUAACUGAUUUAUCAAUGUUGACCGAUUUGAUUGAUUUAAAGCAUUUGAAUAAUUUGGAAACAUUGUCAUUAUCUGGAAAUAAUACUAGAGAAAUUGGAAAUUCAAAUACACUUCCUAACCUAUUAAAACUUGAGUUAUCAUCUAAUAAGCUAUCUACAAACCACAAUCUACAGCAGUUUCCAUCACUAAAUGACUUGAAUCUUGGUGCAAUCGACAAUUUUCGAUAUCACUCAUAUAGAGUAUCCAAAAUCGAGGUUCUUGAUUUAAGAGAUAAUCGAAUUGAAAGAAUCGAGAAGUUAAGAAAUACUCCAAGCUGGUUCGGCGUAUUGAAAAGCACAUCCGGUGAGAAAGCUGCCGAAAAGCCUGAAAAACCAGAGAAUAUGAAGAAGAUUGAAUAUGACAAUAACAAAGACGAUAAGGGUAAGGGUCUAAUCAAAUACUCCUGA